GUACUCACACCCUGCCUCAACAAGCUCAAUCGCACGUACGUCGAUUUUUGCAUACUCGAGCUGCUCCGUUCUGAGGACACAUUUCAAGCCAGGACAUAGUAGUUUUGUACUAGUAGGCACAGCAGCAGCAGCAAUGGCAAGCAGCAGCAGGUCUAGCAAGCUCCUCCUUGCUCUCCUUGUCGCAGCAAUGGUGGCGUGUCCUCUGUCUCUCGCGUACGACCCGAGCCCUCUCCAGGACUUCUGCGUCGCCGACACCGUCUCCUCUGUGUUCGUGAACGGGCUGGUGUGCAAGGACCCGGCGCAGGUGUCCGCCGGCGACUUCGCCUUCUCGGGCCUGCACAACGCCGGCGACACCUCCAACGCGUUCGGCUCCAAGGUGACGCUGGUGGACGUGCGCGCGCUGCCGGGGCUCAACUCGCUGGGCAUCUCCAUGGCGCGCCUCGACAUCGCGCCCGGCGGCCUCAACCCGCCGCACACGCACCCGCGCGCCACCGAGGUGCUCACCGUCGUCCAGGGCCAGAUGUACGUCGGCUUCCUCGCCACCGACGGCACGCUCUUCGCCAAGGUGAUGUCGAAGGGCGACGUCUUCGUCUUCCCCAAGGGCCUCCUCCAUUUCGAGUUCAACUGCGGCGCCAGCCCCGCCGUCGGCAUCGCUGGGCUCAGCAGCCAGAACCCCGGGCUCAUCCGCGCCGCUGACUCGCUCUUCGGCGCCACCCCCGCCAUCACCGACGAGGUGCUCGCCAAGGCGUUCAGGAUCGAUGCCGCCACCGUGCAGAGGAUCAAGGCGCAGUUCGCCACCAAGAAGUAAAUUAUUGACUGUGCGCUAGCUAGUAGUAAAAAAAUUGGCCGGUCUCCGUGUUUAUCGUAUGGCCCUACUCUGGCUGCAUAUGGCCGGGAUGUCAGUCAUUUGUCAUCAAAUUCAGAUUGUUUGAUUUUUCUUAUGUGUAUUAA